CGAAACUGCUCCAUGUGGGACUGGAUACCUCCCGAUGGAGUGUCCCCCCUUUUUAGCAAGUUAAUAAAGAUCAUGGAGGCAUUGAGUACACUAUUGGGAGGGAAGUCAGGUAUUAUUUCUACUCUCAACAACAUCUAUACCAAUGGUAAGCUUCAGUCAAACAAAGUUUAUGACAUUUUGAGGGUUAAAGGUCAUAGCAAACCCUGGAUGAACCUUAUUUGGAAAAAUUACAUACCCCCAAAAUUCUCUUUUAUUCUUUGGCUUGGACUGAGAAACAGACUACCAACGUGUGAUAACUUGCUAUACAUAGAUAUGGAUAGAGCAUGUUGCUUUUGUAAGACUUACAUGGACUCAUCUGACCAUCUUUUCUUCAAAUGUGUAUUUACGAGAGCAAUCUGGGAAGGAGUUAGACAGUGGCUUAAGAUCAAGAAGAAUUCUUCUACACUCUUGAGCACAGUCAAGUUAUGUUUGAAGCAGUAUGGAGGAGCAAGAUUGACUAGCAAGGCUGUCAGGCUAGCCUUGUGUUGCACUGUCUAUUUAAUUUGGAAGGCUAGGAAUGAGCAAAUCUUUGGACAUAAAGAUGCUACUAUCGAGGGAGUACUCUUUCAGAUUAAGUUGCAUGUUUAUCGUGUUCUGUUUAGACUUUACCCCGUAAGUAUGAUUGAGUUUUUAUUCUCCUUUUUCUAGUUCUCAGUUGCUAUGAAAUUUGAGUGACCUGAUGUUAGUUAUGUAUUACUAUGAGAGUUGUUUGCUGUUGUCUUUUUGAAACUGUAGUAUGGUUGCUUCUUUGAUUGGGGAAUGCCCCUCUAUAUGUUGUAAUCUAAUUUUGGCAUUUAAUAUAUAUUUACCCUUUUUACCAAAA